AUGCACCGAUUUCUCGGCAAGAAGAACGGCGAUGCCGCGUCUAGCCCGCUAUCACCACCCACAACAAGCAGUAAGAAGUGGAAGAAGAACAAGAAAGAUGUUGUGGAGGAGAAACCAGAGCUUGAUCUAGGAUCUGCCCUGCCGUCAAUUGACGACUUCCGCACCAGUCUUAUCAUGCCCAAUCUCUCGACUAGAUUCAGUAUGCUCCGAGAGCAAGACGACCCAAACUCGUUGCUCGGAAAGGCCUCAGAUGAUAGUGUCCUGCAGCCUCAACGCAACUCUCGUCUCCUCGACUUCGGCUUCUCAUCCAACAACCUCAACGACAUCGCUGAGGUUGCCUCGAUUAACAGCUCUAUCCGCCCACCAUUCGCUCUCGACCGAACUGGCUCUUUUGCAUCCGAAGAAGGCUAUGGAACCGACAACAACUCUAAUCCUGAUGGCAGCGUCAUGAGCCGUGCUCGUCCUGGAGAAGGCAACGUGCUGUUCGGUGGUCGCCAGAAGGUCUACAAGAUCGCCACAGGUUCCGCAAAAAGCAUAGGAGGCAACAGCGAACGUGGUAUGGGAAGGAUGGUUUACGAUGAUGAUCUAAAUAUGUCGGCUUUCCAGAAGUACAGGCAGCAAGAAAGAGAGAGACUGCUUGCGAUGGGCGCCGAUUGGGACAGUGAUAGCGCUCUAUUGUCUCCUGAAACCGAUCCUGAACAUCGUGCAUCGGACGAUCUACCUAAGGGACUUGGUUUGUCUGGCACGGAGACUGGCUUCUCAUUCCUCAAGCGCAACAGCGAUUCGACGACAAAUUCAAUUCCUUCUCAGGAUCUCUCUGCAUCAACGGCAACAUCGGUUGCCUCGCAAUCUAUUGGAACUGCCAUCUCUACUCCUGCAACAGUACCGAAAACAUCACCGAAUCCUACUGGACCUGGACUGGAACGCUCCAUGACCAAGCGUCGUUUGUACGAGCAAGGUCUAAAUCAACACAUCCAAGAUCAACAAGCCUCGACCAUAUCGCGUUUGAACUCGAUCAAUCAGCGACAACGUGCUCCCACGCUACCAUCUGCUCUCAAUCACUCUAGAAGCAUUGGAAACUUGCAGGAUCGUCGCGCCUAUAAGCCAUAUGCACUGAACAAUACCACCACUAGUCCGCAACUCAGAAGUGGCAUGGCUCCACUCAACACACUGGUCUCAAAGGUAGCUUCCAGCACUUCUAGUCCAACGGUCUCCAGCUAUCCACAAUCUCCCAUCAGCCCCGUCAUUCCCGAGACUGAGGAGUACCAAGUCUUGCAAUCAGCUCUCGAACAAAGCGACCACGGAAAGGCAACUGCUCUAGGCAUGUUCAACAAGCCAGCUCAACAAUUCGAUGAGCAGCAGUAUCUCAAGCGACAAAUACAAAUGGGUCAGGCUAAGAGUGAGUCCCCUAUCGAUACUCCAGUCAAAUUGUCACCAGUCAGUCAGUCAGAGACCCCUCCACAGGUCCAGGCAGAGCAACCACCGCUUAGCAAGUUCUCAACGAGAGAAGGUGCUACUUCGAGACAGGCGUCGGUAGAGCACAAUCCUCAAGACUCUCGUGCAGCUCACUUUGACUCUAUUAGACAGAACAACUUCUCACGAGCAUCUCAGCGAUCUCGUUCUCGUUCUGUUUCGAAAGCGGGAUCCAUUGCUACUACUGCCCCCGAGCCACCGGUCAACGCUGCACUCGCCGUGUUCCAACGCGCUGCUAUGCAGAACCGUGUUGCUCACGGAGACUCUCCAGAGCAAGCAGCAGUCGCAACAUUUGACAACAACAACCGCACAUUCUUUGGCGAUAGUGACGACGAGGAUGAGGACGAGAGCUAUGCACCUUCGGCGCCUGCUGCCGGACGCUAUGGGGCUACUUACCAACCGCCUGCCUCGCAACACCCCGCUCUCCGUAAUGACUAUCUUCCCGAGGUAGAUGAAGAAGAGGAAGAGGAAGAACGCAAAGGCUUCCCAUUCCCCGAACCAUCUAUCAACAUCGCCUCCACUGAGGCUGGUGCUGAAGACAUCGACUCGCCCACGAUUGGCGUACAUGAAGGCAUUGGUGGCAUGAUCAGUCAGCAUUUGCGCAACAGAAGUGAUACCUCUUCCAUCUAUCCUCCUCACGCACCAUAUGCCGAUCGCGCCUCGACGGUUAGCCGGAACACUUACUCAGAUCGCCGACUCUCUGGUAAUUCAAGCGCCUGGAAUAUCGACGAGCUUGACAACUACUACGGAGAUAUUCCAUCGCGCAUUUCGACAAAUUCUGCUACCACUGCGUCGCAAGGACAGGGACUUCACCCACUGCCUUUGAAGACAAACGGCUCAAGGCCAUCGACCUCUGAUGAUAAUGUUGGAAACGUUCCAUGGCAUCCAGCACACAACCGCGAUGCUAGCACUGCAACUCAAGCAGAACGCGAGGCCUUUGCCAACGAACUCGAAGCUCGUAAGAAGGCCAUCCAAGAGAAGAUGAAGAGCAUUGUCGAGAGUGAAAGUCGUGGACCAAGUCCUGGCCCAAGCGCAAGCGGUGCCCUCAAGGCGUUUGGUAUGCUGAAAAGCAGGCCCAGUCAGGAGACCAUGAAUCUGAGACAGACCAAUAGCUCAAGGCUCGGUCUGGGUCUUUCUGGUGCACAUCCUGCUGAGCGCAACCCAAGCUAUGAGGACAAGCUACCUCAAUCAACGAAUGCCGGCGCACAAUGGCCUCUUGGUCCUGGACCUAUAAUGCCAAGUGCCAGGCAGCAGGCAGACAGCGAAAUCGGCCGUACACCUCCGCAGCAAGCCAGAGAACGAUCACGCAAUCGAUCGGGUUCUGAUGCUUCUCGAGCACGCUCACGAAGUCGCAACCGUGGUGAGAUCGGUACGGCGGUGAGUGUUGGCGCCGACACUCCACCUGCCAUGCCUGCACAGAGACCCUCACCCGAGAUCAACCAAUAUAGAUCGCCGUCUACAGAGCCCAGAGGCCGCCUUAGAAGCAACAGUAGAGCUGCAGGCCUGCAUUCUAGCGCAAGACCAUCCAUCGGUCCAUCGCCUUCACAAUCACCAGCAAGCUUCAAUUCGGUCAUGUCUCCUCCUCUAGGCACCACUUCAUCAGUGUCAAGGCCUCCAUUGCCAAAGCAAGCUCCUGCAGUGUUGCCUUCCGUACCUCUUGGCAAGCCUAGAGGAGAGUUGUUGCGCAAGAAGACCAUCAACAAAUUCGAUAUCUCAGAGCCCACUCUUGUGUCAUCCACAUCAAACAUUGAUACCGUCGACUUGCCUCCUGGAGCUUCGCUCAAGAACGGUAUGGAUGAGAUCUACGCCAUUGAGCAAGCAGCAGUAGUUUCUCGUCGUCGCAAGUUGUUUGGCUUCGGUAGAGAUGGCUCGUCGGAUAGAGAGAAGACUCCCGACAGUGUCACAUCACCGCCUUUGAAUGGAUUCAGCUCACCGCCGAUGAGACCUAUCGUGCCGUCAUUCGGAUCGCAAGAGCACAUGGGUUCGCGCAAGCCUUCUGCUGAAGCCGGCGCUCAACAUCCCCCACUUCGCGUAAAGCAGAGCUUCGAGACCAGCCACACACAACACACUACCCAUACAGCACAGACAGCAGCAAGCAGCGCGCGCUUCGAUGCUAUUGGUUCCCCUGUCCUCAAUGAGGCAGGCAUGUUCUAA